GUUACGCGUAUGUGUUCCGUGUGUGUAUCUACACAUCAAGCCAAAAGAGAAAAACAGAGAAGGAACUAUUUCUAACAGAAAAAUGCGUCCACCGCCACGAUCAGGUGGCAAGGUACGUGUAUAGGCCAACGAUUGAAAUUCCUGUGUACAUACACACUGCGAGUGCAUAUAAACGCAGGGCCAGCACAAUAAGAUGUGCACGAGUCCAAUGGCUUGCUAGAGCGGUAAAAAUCUCGAAUAGGGCUCGAGUUGGGUGUCGAGCGCGCGCGCGUCCUCGCUGCAGUCGAGCAAAGUUUUCCUUUUUUUUUCUCUCUUGUAUACAUAUAUACAUUGCAGCGCAGGCAGGCGCACACAGACGCGCGUGUGGUGCGGCCGUGUUGUAUAGUAUAGAUCUCGCAUACAUAUACAUAUAUGCGUUUUCCGAUCUGCGCCGAGCGAGACGUUCGCUGAUGCACUAUAUACACAGCGUACAUAUGUAUACGUACACACGCACAUAAGCGUUGGCAAAAAUUUGGAUUCGCGCGCGCGUUGUUGUAUGUUUUCCCACUGUGUUUGAUAAGGCAUUUCUAACCUAAGCCUGCUGGUACAAUUGCACAGUGUAUAAAUCUAUGUAUACAUACACCUACGGUUAUCUCGUUUUAUUUCUUUCGCCGAGCGUUGGGUUGUGUAUAUAAGUUGUGCUACCGAGUUGUGCUACUCAGUGCUGCUACUCUGAAAAAGCUUUGUUUCUCUCUCGGGCCCGCUGUUAUUUUCUGUGCAUGUGUGAGUGUUUCAACGCUUCACGGCGAUGAGGCAAGUUUGAGAAGCCAAAGUGUUGUGCUACAGCUGCGGUCCUGUUUUGAUUUCUCUCUCAUCUCGGUUCAAAAACUACAACGCCUUUCACCCACAACAAGACCCAUCUCACAGUCAUGUACGGACCCAUAUAGCAUUAGUACGAUUGAAAACUCCAAGGGCCACAUCGAGGUUGAAAUUUAAAACUCGAUUCCCUACCUGGAUGUGAGUUUGAUCAUGGCGUCGUCUCAGGACGCUUGGUACCUGUCUCUCCUCGGCUUGGCUGAAAACUUUCGGACGACAAACCCACCGAACAUAAAAUGCUGCAUACAGUGUCUUCAGGCGGUCUUCAACUUCAAGCCCCCAUCACGAGUUGAAGCUCGUACGCACCUACAGCUCGGUAAUAUUUUGUUAUCCCAUACGAAAAACAUCGACUUGGCCAGGACUCAUUUGGAGAAAGCUUGGCAACUUGGUCAGACUAUAAAUGGUUUUGAUGAUGUCAAAUUUGAAGCUGCCAGUAUUUUGGCAGAUGUCUACGAACAGCAGCAUCAACAGCCUAGUAUGAGCCAAGCUAUACUACGUAAAGCUGUGGAACUUUCUCAACACAACGUUUAUUGGCAUUGUAGACUUAUAUUCCAGUUGGCUCAAAUUCAUGCUUCGGAAAAGGAUUUCACAGCAGCCGUAGGCUUAUUGGCUGUUGGUGCCGAUUAUUCACAAAUAAGCAAUGUCAAUUACACAAGAGCUUUAUUUAUUCUUAGUAGAUGUAUGCUUUUACUUGUCGAUAAAAAAUUCACAGAAGUGUUGCCUUUGUUGAAUACUGCUGGUCAUCAAGUGGAAAAUUGGCAAGGAAAUCCACAUCAAAAAGAAUAUCUAAAAGUGUUCUUCUUAGUUUUGCAAGUUUGUCAUUACUUGAUGUCUGGUCAGGUAAAAAGUGUCAAACCCUGUCUAAAACAAUUGCAACAAAGUAUUCAAGUCAUUAUGGCACCAACGUGGCCAUCGGAUGAAAAUGUUACUGGUCCUCAAGUAGGCGAUAUGUUUAUUUGGAUGCCAAAAGAAUAUUUGUUUGUGCUUGUUUAUUUAGUUACUGUAAUGCAUUCCAUGCAAUCAGGCUACAUGGACAAAGCCCAGAAAUAUACAGACAAAGCUCUUGCACAGAUAGAAAAUUUAAAGUUAAUUGAUAACAAACCAAUUCUCUCUGUCUUUCAACUGAUGCUAUUGGAGCAUAUUGUAAUGUGCCGUCUUGUAAUGGGAAACAAAAGUUUAGCCUUGUCAGAAAUAUCUCAAGCAUGUCAAGUAUGCAGGGUUCAGCCAAGAUUAAUGCAAAACCAUAGGCCGCAACUUCAUGUUUUAUUAGGACUUUAUGCAAUGUCUAUGAAUUGCAUGGAAGCAGCAGAAGUACAACUAAUUGCUGCUUUAAAUAAAUCUCAAGAGAGAGAAUUAGUCACUUUUGCAAAUUUAAAUCUAGCUAUUGUAUACUUGAGAAUGAGAAGAGAUACAGAAUUGGGUACACUUAUGGAAAGGAUAAACCCAGAAUCUUUGCCUUCGCUAUCACAUUCCUUGAGAGCAGCAGCAUAUUAUGUUCAGGGACUCCAAGCAUUUUUUGGUGCACGAUAUAAUGAAGCCAAGAGGUAUCUACGCGAAACUUUGAAAAUGGCAAAUUCAGAAGAUUUAAAUAGAUUGACGUCGUGUAGUCUUGUUCUUCUUGGUCAUAUAUUUUUGUCUCUCGGCAAUCACCGUGAGUCAAUGAAUAUGGUAACACCUGCUAUGCAGUUAGCUUCUAAGAUACCUGAUGUACAUGUACAAUUGUGGGCAACUGCAAUAUUAAAAGAUUUGCACAAAAUCUGUGGAGAUCAAAAUCGUGAAAAUGAGGCGUAUCAAAUGCAUUGUGCAUUUUCUCAAACUCUAUUAAAAGAUCAUUAUCAAAGUACGCAGAUGAGUGAACAUAAUCUUUUACAGUGGACUGAUGGUCCAAUACCAAUGAUACCAAAUAAUUCACCUGCUUCUACAUCUCAGGCAAUCCUGUAGAAUCUAAAGUUGCUAAAUUAUUGAAAUUGUACAUUUUGACAGAAAAUAAUUCUAUGGUUGGUUUAUACUCUAAUUUAAAAACAAUUAUUUUCUGUAUGUGGCUCUUAUUUUGAUAUGCAUUGCUUAUAAAGUCAAUCAUUUCAAAAUUUUUUUGGAAUCGUAGGAAAAAUUUAUCAAAAGGUAUUGGAUGAAAGAAUUAUUUGCCCACUUAGCUACUAAGAGUUAACAAUUAUUUUUCGAAUGAAUAUAUUUUAGUGAUUUGAUGCCUUCAGUACAGCCUAAACUAUUGAAUAAGCAAUCAAAUCUAAUAUAUUAUUGAAUUUAUUGUUAAAAUGAGAAUAUAAGUCUCUGAUUAAAAGACUAAACACAUUGUAUGAAAGAAUGCAUGUUUCUAAGAAUUUUAUAUGUACAAAAUUAUUAUUGAAAAAUUAUUUAUGUACCAUUAAAAUACUUGAUACUUUCAGCUCUUUUUAUGUACAUUACUCUGAAAAAUAUUAAUAUUUAACAAGCUGAAUAAAUUGAGUAUAUUUUUCAACAAAAAAUAUCAUAUUUUAUAGUAUAACUUUGAAUUCGUUUUAGUCUAUUUGUAGUCAUUAAUUAAUUUCAAAAACUUUUUCAUCUUAUUUUUAAGUUUCUUAGAAGAAUAUUAAUUGUAAUUAGACAAAAAUAACGCAAAUUGACAUUAUUAACAUUUAAUGUAUUAGUAAUGAAUGUUGUAAAUAGUAUAACAGUACACGAAAUAUUUCGUUAUCUUUGUUAACUUAUAUUGCUGAUUUUUUAAUGCUCAAAAGACAAAGUCUGAAUGCGUAGAAUUUAUAGAAAAUAUAUUACUGUACAUAGGUGAAAAAUGUGAAUGUACCAUUAAAUUUUUUAUCUAUUUCCAAGUCUUAGAUAAAACUAUGAUGUAUGCAGCUAUGUUAUAUAGGUCAUCAGUCACAAAAUUUUUUAUUUACUUGUGAAAAUUUAACUUGAUAGUUCUCCUAUAUUAUGUACAAAUUUAGAAUAUUAGACGGAUAAAUUAAUGUUUAUCAAUUAAUUUACGUUAGAAUGUUAAAAAAAUUUGAUUAUGAAGUAAAACCUGUACUAAAGUCAUUUUGUAUAUCACUUUUACAAACUACACAAAAGCUGGAGCAGAGUGUUAUGCGAAACAUAAAUUUUUAAGUACAUUUUAUAUGAGCGUUUUUAGCUUGAUAUAUCUGGUUAUGUACAUGAUUAUUCAACUUUCAACUACAAACUUCAAUUUGUAAAUAAGUCUUUGUAUCCAUUAUAUAAUGGGCUUUAUGAAAAUAAUAUCAUGAUCGUCUUA